AUGUCAGACUCACUGAGCGAGCAUGCGGCUGCAGACCUGCUAGCCAGGUUUGAGAUGAUUAUGGUAGCUUGCUCGGCGGCGAGAGAACAAAGCGAGGCUGCAGAGCGUACAUGCAUCCCGGUAGCUUGUGAUCACGUCUGGGACGGCCUGGUCUCUAGUUUUCUGCACGGGUCACCUUCGAACAUGCGGUAUCUUCCGACUGUCGCUCUUCCAAGGAGUGCUCUUACAGACCGCCGUAAGGAUCCCGGCUGGCUAGCUUCGGCCAGAUUCACCAUCAGUCAGUACACAGUUUACGGUCAUGGCACCACAUCCGAGGAUGGCUUCGAGGGGGUUUUGGACCUAGUAGCAAAUGACCCUGUCGAAGCGAUAUGCGAUGUGGUGUCGACGAUCUCCAUACCCGACUUUGUCAGCAGUGGUUCUUCUGUUGCCCUUCGGCAUGCUGCGGAGAGAUUCUGUCUGUUCCCUCGUGAGCCGGACCAGGCGACUGCGCGUGCACGCGGUGGGACAGCUUACUAUCACGGCAUCUGCGACCUUCCCUCUGAGCACUCCGAGCUCGCAUAUGCGUACGAUCUGUUCUAUGCGAACGUCCGUUCCGCCGGCCUGUCUCUCGAAAUUCCAGAUUCUCUCGACAUCGGCGUCCUUUCGGCUCCUCCGACCGUCUGUCGAUUGUCGUACCAAUGGCCCGACGGCAAACUGCAAAAGUACCAGGUCGGACACCCUCCACCGCUGGCGCCCGAUCACACAGGCGAGAGUGAGCGGCCAGGUGCUCAGAAUUUGACCACCGCAGAGCAGUCUCUCGCGCUUGAACUUCCUCUACUGCUCGUCAACCACACGCCCCCUGAAAAGAUCCUCGCGUACGUUGGGUCACACAAGCACCGGAUGACUGCAACUGCCGCCGCAACGUUCUUUGGGGCUGUCGGGCUCAUUGACAUCCCCGUUUUCAGCCUCGUAACGGACGGGUGCCGUGUAGUCCUUACGUGCGCGUGGGCCGAGAAGUUCGGGAGUUUUCAGCGUAUCAAAAUCGCGGAGCGAAACGGUAUCCUGUUCGAUCUUCGGAAUCCGUUGUCGGCCUUCCACUUUGCGACCUUUCUCGUGCGUCUCAAGCACGAGUACGGUCAGAAGCUGCGAGAGCGAUUCGACGACAGAGCGCUGGCGCACCUGCGCGAGCGGCUGGAGCAGGGUGAGUGGGAGACGCGGUGGACGAUGUCGCAUUACGUUGCCGAGCAGUCGGACGGUGACGGUGACACGUCGCGAUCACCUUGA